AUGACCAUGAGCAUUCUGGCUCUGUUUCAAUUCAAGAAAUUACGGUGGAGGGCAAAGGGGGCUGUGAACUCCCGGCGACGGGCGGCGCUGCGAUGCUACGACGCACCGGGGGGCGGGCGGCGCUGCGACGCUGCGACGCUGCGACGCUGCCGUUGGGCCAGUGACGCUGCAGCGCUGUUGACGCUGCGACGCUGCGACGCUGGAGCGGCGCUGCGAUGUGCUGUUGGCGCUGCAACGCUGCGACGCGGGAUCGACGCUGCGACGCUGUUGACACUGCAACGCUGCGAUGCGGGACCGACGCGGGACCGACGCUGCGACACUGUUCGCGCUGCGACGCUGCAACACUGCAUGCGACACAGGAGCGACGCUGCGACGCUGCUCUUCGCGCUGCGACGCUGCAACACUGCGAAACAGGAGCGCUGCUGCGACGCUGUGACGCUGUUGGCGCUGCGACGCUUCCUUCUGCAAGAGUGCACACGGCGUGGCUUCGCGGCUGGACACGCUGGAUGUAUAUAG